AUGAAAUAGAAGGAGAUGAUGAUAACGAACUUGAAGAAGAUGAUCCUCCGUCAGCUGAACUGAGAUUUGUACCUGACGACAAAUCAGCAUGUAUGUACUCAAGUUAUUUUGUUGUGCGGUCGAAAAGAACAGGCAGCAUUUCAAAAACCCAAUGGACCUUAGAAGUGCUUACGUCACAUAAUUUUCAAGCAAUGAAUUAUUGACCCAAACGUAUCCCACAAUGCAAUGUACAUUCCAGAAGUCCUCUGUGUUAAAAAUUGCAUGACGUAAGUACUUCUAAUGUCUAUUGACUUAAAACAAGGUUUAGAAUUUUGUAAUAAUGCUUCCCUAAAGCUACAGAUUAGAAAGAACAAAAAAUCAAGCAUUUGGCGAAAAUAUAGAAUAGUGCAAUAAUGGUAAUCUGAUAGGGGUUACAGUACUAGCUUUCAUGCAGCUAAGUGCUAAUGCAAGGGAAUGAUGCUCAAACAGAAUUUUGUUGAAGGCUUGCUAAGGCACCUCACCCAUGCCUGAUCACAGAGCACUGUUUGGUAUUUAGUAAGGGAGGAAAACCAGAGUAACUGAAGAAUACCCCUCGAAACACAGGAGAUACACAUUAAAUAAGCGCGAAUCGUCGUCCAUGGUCAGUGCAGUUAUUAAUUUUCCCUCAACCCACAGUGACGAGAUUUACGAUAGAUCAAGGAUAUAUAUUUGUUAGCACCUGGAAAUUUACAUAUAACUUCUCUUCAUUAAAUAUUACAUAAUAUGAAGGUGCAAGCUAACUGUAAUAACCUUGUAGGGUUAGACGAGACAGUUAGGAUUCUCGGAGGUAGAUUUCGAAAAAUUUCCACCCUAGGUGAACCCAAUGUUAAAUGCGUGAAGAUUAUCAUGGGCGAUAUUUAUAUUCAGUAAUCCACAAGGCGCUAGCAUCAACGUGGAUAACGACCUCAUUGUCACUACAGCGUUGUCAAAUGUGAAAUAUACAAGUACAGUAGGCCAUUACAAUUCAAUUUUCAAAAUAGUGGACACUGAUAAAAACUUUUCUUUUCCAGUAAAUGAUAUAUACGCUGCCAUAUGUGACUGUCAAGUAUUACAUCCAGACGAACAGGAACAGUUAGAGGACGAAAUGGCAGGUAAAAUGUUUGGCACUCAACAUGAAGCUAAUUGGAAAAGUAAAAUACUGCAGUUUAGCAAAAAAUACUUGUUCAUUAAGACCAAUGACGUCAUAGUAGGUCAUACCGUGUUCAGAACAAAAACGUGGCUCCUUAAAAUUGGUGUUUAA